GCCAACCUGCGAGCAGGGUCGGAACGAGGGUGGUUUAUGGAAGUAUUCUUCCCAACCCUUGACCGAUUCGAGACUGUCUUCUCCGACAAUGUAGUGCCAGACGGCGCAGCUCAUAUGCGCUCCUCAGUGUCAGGCGAGAUGCAACAACACUUCUAUUGGGGUUCGAUGCGUGACAGACUCGCAGCGGCGCAGACUGAUCACCUGAUUGGUGAGCGCGCUUUCCCCAAGUCGUCUACGGAACGAGUCGAGAAAGGCGACACAAGAAAGCAGCGCAUCACAGUGCCAGGCAGAAAGAACCUCGCUGUCAUUAGGAGUGGUCAAGACUGGUCCAAUACCAAUCCGAGUGAACGCAAACGCUACCUCGAGACCAUGCACCCUGUGCUCACCAAAGGCAUGGAAUUUUUGAGAGACGAGGGCGAAGAGAUCGGCUGCAUCAGCAACCGCUUCAUGGAAUGUAUGCACAAGACUUCGCCUGAGCAGAACACUGAGCGCACUUUUGGCCUUUCAUAUUUUGACGAUCUCAAGUCGCUCGAAGGCUGGAGCAAACAUCACAAAACACAUCUCGACAUCUUUGGUCGAUUCCUCCAGUACGCGUCAGAAUUGCAAAGCAACGUAUCACUGCGGUUGUUUCAUGAAGUAAUGGUCCUCGAGCCUGAACAGCAGUUUUUCGAGUAUAUCGGUUGCCAUGACACUACGGGAAUGCUGGCUUCUGUGUAGAAAAAAUCUUUUCAACUAG